AUGGCGCCAGUACUGAUUUCAGCCUUAGAAGCAGAUUAUAUACUCAGAGGUAUCGAUGAUAACCUUCGUGCUGACGGGAGAGGACUUCUUGAUUAUCGAGAAGUGAUAUUAGAGACUGGCCUUAUCACCCAGGCAAAUGGCAGUGCUAGGUGUAGGUUAGGAGAAGGAACUGACGUACUUGUUGGUGUGAGAGUUGACAUCGGUAAUGUGGAAGUCGACGGAACUGAAGAAGAGGUAGCAAAUAUAAAGGCAAAGAGGGGAAGAGUAGUAUGUAAUGUAGAGUGUUCUCCGAUUGCAUCACAACAAUUUGCAGGAAGGGGCGCCGACGAUAUAAAUAAUGAGCUUACGCAGAUGAUGUCUCGUGUUUUAAAUGGUCCACAGGCUGGCUUAAAUCUCGAAAAAUUAUGUAUUAUUCCAGGAAAAGCUUGUUGGGUUGUCUACAUUGACGCUUUGGUACUAGAUUACGCCGGUAAUAUAGUGGAUACGAUGUUUAUGACCACACGAGCCGCUCUCUUUAACACUCAGGUUCCUAAAGCAAUUAUAAAUGAUCUUGGUGAUGGUGAAGUAGAAUUCGAUUUAUCGGAGGACGUAGAAGAAUGGGAAAGGAUCGAAGGUUGGGAGCAUGUACCAGUUUCAGUUACCUUAAAUAAGAUUGGUUCUCGACAUAUUGUUGAUGCAACACCAUUAGAAGAACUCACCACUGAAGCGAAAUUGCACGUAAUGGUUAAUAGGAACGGUAAAAUUUGCGGCAUGCAAAAAAGCGGGAGUGGAAGCAUUGAACAUAGCUUAUUGGGUGAAAUGAUUCAGACUGGGCGAUCGUUAGGACAGAGCCUGAUAAACAGUUUGGAUAAGAUGCUUCUACAGGAAGAGAAUGAUAAAAACGAAAAACGGAUGCGAAAUAAACCUGUGGAAAAGCUUGGAUUCUUUGCAGCUACUUAG